AUUGCGUAGUGAUCUCCAGUACAAUAAAUGGGCACAAUGACAUUCAUACGAGCAGGUUCGAGUAUUGAGGCUAAAAUUGAUCUUCAUGGACGACGGGACGAGAGCUUCAACAUGCAGUUCCUCACGUUUCGGCGCUAGCUGGGGCAGUGGAGGUCGCGGGGCCUAUCAUAUUUGCUUAAGCGCCACACUCAGCAGCGAUCAAAUUCUCCUUAAAUCGUGGAAGCUGCACACUCAACUAGAUUCUUCUACAGACAUCCAUCUUAAUUCCCACGCGAACUGUGUUGGCGCUUUAGGGCUUUGUAGAGUUUCUUCCUGAAGAGCAGAAGUUACGCAGUAGACAAAAGCAAGAAAGAAUGGGGGAUGGGUCGGUGAAGGAAUUGCAAUCAAAGGCAGCUCUCGAUAAGCUUCUGUCGGAGAACCAGAGUGGCGCUGUAAUUUUACACUUCUGGGCAUCAUGGUGUGAAGCUUCUAAGCAGAUGGACCAAGUCUUUGCUCAUCUCUCCACUGAUUUCCCUCAUGCCCACUUCUUCAGGGUUGAAGCUGAGGAACAGCCUGAAAUUUCUGAGGCAUACUCUGUCGCUGCUGUUCCUUACUUUGUCUUCUUCAAGGAUGGCAAAGCUGUGGAUAAUCUAGAAGGUGCUGACCCAUCAGCUUUAGCAAACAAGGUUGCUAAAGUUGCUGGAGCUGUUGCUGCUGGUGACCCUGCUGCUCCUGCCAGUUUAGGUAUGGCAGCAGGGCCAACAAUACUCGAAAGUGUGAAGGAUUUUGCUAAAGGGAACUCUCAAGUGAAUGUACCUGCUAGCGCAGAUAAGUUGAAGGCACGACUAGAGCAACUUGUAAAUUCUCAUCCAAUCAUGUUGUUUAUGAAAGGAACUCCUGAACAACCCGAAUGUGGUUUCAGCCAGAAGGUUGUUCAAAUCUUGAAGAAAGAAAAAGUCCAAUUUGGAAGCUUUAACAUACUGAGGGACCAUGAGGUUCGUGAGGGAUUGAAGAAGUUCUCCAAUUGGCCUACAUUUCCGCAGCUGUACUGUAAGGGAGAGCUUCUUGGGGGUUGUGAUAUUGCAGUUGCUAUGCAUGAGAGUGGUGAACUUAAAGAAGUAUUCGGGGAUCAUGGAAUUGUGGAUUCCAAUUCUACUAAAGCUGAUGUGAAAGAAUCUGGAGUGGGCAAAGGUGGUGUCUCUGGGGGCUCUGGUUUGAGUGCCGAACUAAGUUCUCGUUUAGAAGCCUUGGUUAAUUCUAGUCCUGUCAUGCUGUUUAUGAAAGGAAAACCUGAAGAGCCUCGAUGUGGUUUCAGCAGGAAAGUUGUUGACAUUCUCAAACAGGAGAAAAUAGAUUUCAAGAGCUUUGACAUUCUUACAGAUGAGGAAGUCCGGCAAGGGCUAAAAGUUUACUCUAACUGGUCGAGCUACCCUCAGCUGUACAUAAAGGGUGAAUUGAUUGGCGGAUCCGACAUUGUGUUGGAGAUGCAAAAGAGUGGAGAACUCAUUAAGGUUCUGACUGAAAAGGGCAUUUCUCAUGGGGACACUCUUGAAACUCGUCUCAAACAGCUUGUAACAUCUUCUCCUGUCAUGCUCUUUAUGAAGGGUACUCCUGAAAAUCCACGAUGUGGGUUCAGCUCUAAGGUGGUAAAUGCUCUGAAGGAGGAGGGGGUGGAGUUUGGAUCCUUUGAUAUUUUGACUGAUGAGGAGGUCAGGCAGGGGCUGAAAACCUUUUCAAACUGGCCGACAUUCCCUCAGCUAUAUUACAAGGGUGAAUUGGUGGGUGGUUGUGAUAUCGUGAUGGAGCUGAAGAGCAGUGGCGAAUUGAAAUCUACCUUGUCUGAAUAGGUGUAGGAUAAUUGGCAACUUGGGACUGAUCCCUUUCGCUUGAACUGCAUGGAUGUAAGCAGCUGGGCGAUGAGUUUUAACGAUUCACAUCUCUGAGAUGCUUAGAUUUACCUGGACAUACUUUUUACUGUCGGAGAGUUUGAAAGGUUUAUUCUUGAGCACUGUGUAUGCUCUUCCCAUAGAAUAACUAGCUUUUAACUUGCAGAUGUGGAAAUCCUGGAGUAAGGGUUUUUUUUAUUUUUAUUUUUUUUUUGUUGGCUUGUUAUUAUCUUCUCCUUGCUUAUACUUGCAAAAAAUAAAAGUUGGUUCAAUUAUGUUGUUCUCAUGCAUCCAUGCAUGAACCAUUGAACCUGAUCUGGCAUGAUAGGAAAUGUUUUUAGUCUGCUUUCAAUACAUAACUUCGUUUAUGCUUCACACUCAAUCACUUGCAGAAUUGGAACAAGAGACUGACACAUUGUGUUUCAGUCCUUGAAAAAUAGAACUGACCAGUGAUCAGUUCCAUUGGUACAAGUAUACAGCACUUAUCUGUUUCAAUUGCAUUGUGAUGAUAACUUCAUCCACUUUCUUCAUAUGUAUUCAUAAUUUGAUUGGUUAGUAUAGAAACAUGGUUGAACUGUAUGAGGAUGAUUCAAUCCUUAGUCUAUGGGAUUACAGAUGCAUAUGUAUAUAGUAGUUGCAUAUAUAAUAUAACUUAUAUAAUAGCACAAUUCCAUCAUCAGCCAGCCUGGACUGGAUGGACUAAGGUGCCAAGGCUGCAGCAGCAGCAGCAGAAGAUGACUGUGUGGUGGAAGUGGAAUGAAGCUUAAAGGGAAUGGCCACAGAAUGAGCACCAUUUUGAGUGAGGAUAUGGAGGUGAUCAUUAUUCCAGUACAGCUUGAAAGCUUGGCAACCUUGGCAUUUGCUGUGCUGUGGCACACAUUGGAAAGGAUUUCCUGGUAUCCAACCUCCCCAUCCACCACCACCACCACCUCCUCCUCCCCAACCACCCCCACCUCCGUUGCUGCUACCUCUACCGCCACCGCCCCCUCCACCGUUGUUCCCACCAUUCCCGUUACCGCCACCAUUGUUUCCUCCAUUGCCAUUACCGCCGCCACCUCCACCUCCACCGUUGUUUCCUCCAUUGCCAUUACCUCCGCCUCCACCGUUGUUUCCUCCAUUGCCAUUACCUCCGCCUCCACCGUUGUUCCCACCGCCACCUCCUCCUCCACCGUUGUUUCCUCCAUUGCCAUUACCUCCACCACCUCCUCCUCCACCGUUGUUCCCACCGCCACCUCCGCCUCCACCGUUGUUCCCUCCAUUGCCAUUACCUCCACCGCCUCCGCCAUUGUUUCCCCUAUUCCCGCCGCCUCCUCCACCUCCGCCAUUGUUUCCUCCAUUGCCACUACUGCCACCACCUCCUCCGCCUCCGCCUCCAUUGUUUCCUCCGCCACCGCCGCCGCCGCCGCCUCCACUGUUUCCUCCGUUCCCAUAACCACCACCACCUCCUCCGCCACCGUUGGUCCCACCACCACCACCACCACCACCUCCACCCCAAUUACCCCAUCCACCUCCCCAGCCACCUCCCCAACCGCCACUACCCCAAUGCCCCAUCGCUCCACCUAGUGUACGGACUACUUUUGUCUCAUCAUUCUCAGCAUCAGUGGAAGCUGUUUCAGUUUUCAAACUGUAAGCAGAAGAGCUGAGUGACAAGUCCACCAAGUACAUAAACAAUAGUAUGUAACUACCCCAUGUUGAUGCCGCCAUUUCCAAAGUUGAGAAAGGCUAAUGUUAAAAAGGAUUUUGAAUCGGAUGUGACCAUGAGGCCUACAUUUGUAACCUCUAUAUAUACUAUACUGCUGAUGAACAUUUUUUUUUUUUGGUUGAGUAAAAGAGACAUACUUUGGUGGGAAUUUCAAAACGCGUAAAAACAGAGCCAUGCA